GUCGAAACAGUAGCAAAGGACUGCCUCAGUCUACGAUUUCAUUUGAUGGAAUCUAUGCAAACAUGAGGAUGGUCCAUAUUCUUACAUCAGUUGUUGGCUCCAAAUGUGAAGUACAAGUGAAGAAUGGAGGUAUAUAUGAAGGAGUUUUUAAAACGUACAGCCCUAAGUGUGAUUUGGUACUUGAUGCUGCCCACGAGAAAAGUACAGAAUCCAGUUCGGGGCCAAAACUUGAAGAAAUCAUGGAGAGUAUUCUGUUCAAGUGUUCAGACUUUGUUAUGGUUCAGUUUAAGGAUAUGGACUCUAGUUACGCACGAAGAGUCCCUUCAGAAACAGAUGCUUUUACUGACUCUGCUCUCAGUGCUAAAGUGAACGGGGAACACAAGGAAAAGGACCUGGAGCCAUGGGAUGCCGGCGAACUCGCCACCACUGCUGAGGAGCUGGAGGCUCUGGAGAACGACGUGUCUAAUGGAUGGGACCCCAAUGAUAUGUUUCGAUAUAAUGAAGAAAAUUACGGUGUAGUGUCUACGUAUGAUAGCAGUUUAUCUUCAUAUACGGUGCCCUUGGAAAGAGAUAACUCUGAAGAAUUUUUAAAACGGGAAGCAAGGGCAAACCAGUUAGCAGAAGAAAUCGAAUCAAGUGCACAGUACAAAGCUCGGGUGGCCCUGGAAAAUGACGACAGGAGUGAGGAAGAAAAAUACACAGCUGUUCAGAGAAAUUCCAGUGAACGAGAGGGGCACAGCAUGAACACCAGGGAAAAUAAAUAUAUUCCUCCUGGACAAAGAAACAGAGAAGUCAUAUCCUGGGGAAGUGGGAGACAGAAUUCACCGAGGAUGAGCCAGCAAGGAUCGGCCUCCAUGUCAUCGAGAGCCACCUCACACACUUCAGAUUUCAACCCGAAUUCUGGUUCAGACCAAAGAGUAGUUAAUGGAGGUGUUCCCUGGCCAUCGCCUUGCCCAUCUCCUUCCUCUCGCCCACCUUCUCGCUACCAGUCAGGUCCCAACUCUCUUCCACCUCGGGCAGCCACCCCUACACGGCCGCCCUCCAGGCCCCCCUCGCGGCCAUCCAGACCCCCGUCUCACCCCUCUGCUCAUGGUUCUCCAGCUCCUGUCUCUACUGUGCCUAAACGCAUGUCUUCAGAAGGGCCUCCAAGGAUGUCCCCAAAGGCUCAGCGACACCCUCGAAAUCACAGAGUUUCUGCUGGGAGGGGUUCGAUUUCCAGUGGCCUAGAAUUUGUACCCCACAACGUGCCCAGUGAAGCAGCUACUCCUCCAGUGGCGAGGACCAGCCCCGCAGGGGGCACCUGGUCAGCAGUGGUCAGUGGGGUUCCACGGUUAUCCCCUAAAACUCACAGACCCAGGUCUCCUAGACAGAGCAGUAUUGGAAAUACUCCCAGUGGGCCAGUCCUUGCUUCUCCCCAAGCUGGUACCAUUCCGACAGAAGCUGUUGCCAUGCCUGUGCCCGCUGCCUCGCCUGCACCUGCCAGCCCAGCAUCCAACAGAGCGGUCACCCCGUCUACUGAGGCUAAAGAUUCCAGGCUCCAAGACCAGAGGCAGAACUCUCCUGCAGGGAAUAAAGAAAUUAGCAAGCCCAGUGAGGCAGCAGCUAGUUUUUCAAAAGCUGAAAAUAAAGGUAUUUCACCAAUUGUUUCUGAACACAGAAAACAGAUCGAUGAUUUAAAGAAAUUUAAGAACGAUUUUAGGUUACAGCCGAGUUCUGAUUCUGUGGAUCUACUGUUAAACAAAAAUAGAGAGGGAGAAAAAUCAAGAGAUAGCAUCAAAGACAAAACUGAGCCCAGCACUAAGGAGUCCUUCCUUGAGAGCAACAGCAGCACCUGCACCAGUGGAAGCAGCAAGCCCAGCAGCCCCAGCGCGUCCCCUUCGAUAAUUAGCAACUCUGAAUACAAAAGGGGGCCGGAGGUCACGUCCCAGGGGGUGCAGACGUCUAGUCCUGGGUGCAAACCAGAGAAAGAUGACAAAGAAGAGAAGAAAGACGCAGCAGAGCAAGUUAGGAAAUCCACAUUGAACCCCAAUGCAAAGGAGUUCAAUCCUCGGUCCUUUUCUCAGCCAAAGCCUUCCACAACCCCAACUUCACCUCGGCCUCAAGCACAACCGAGUCCAUCCAUGGUGGGCCAUCAGCAGCCAACUCCAGUCUAUACGCAACCUGUUUGUUUUGCACCAAAUAUGAUGUAUCCAGUCCCAGUAAGCCCAGGCGUACAGCCUUUGUACCCAAUACCCAUGACGCCCAUGCCCGUGAACCAAGCCAAGGCCUAUAGAGCAGGUAAAGUACCAAAUAUGCCCCAGCAGCGGCAGGACCAGCACCCCCAGAGCAGCAUGAUGCACCCAGCCUCCGCAGCAGGCCCACCCAUUGUUGCUACCCCUCCAGCCUAUUCCACACAGUACGUUGCCUACAGCCCUCAGCAGUUUCCAAAUCAACCUCUUGUUCAGCACGUGCCACAUUAUCAGUCUCAGCAUCCUCAUGUCUAUAGUCCUGUCAUUCAGGGUAACGCCCGGAUGAUGGCACCCCCAGCACAUGCCCAGCCUGCGCUCGUGUCGUCUUCAGCAACUCAGUACGGGGCUCAUGAGCAGACACAUGCGAUGUAUGCAUGUCCCAAAUCACCAUACACCAAGGAGACAAGCCCUUCUUUCUACUUUGCCAUUUCCACCGGCUCCCUUGCCCAGCAGUAUGCACACCCCAACGCCACCCUGCACCCACACACGCCACAUCCUCAGCCCUCGGCCACCCCCACUGGACAGCAGCAAAGUCAGCAUGGUGGGAGUCACCCUGCCCCAAGCCCUGUUCAGCACCAUCAGCACCAGGCGGCCCAGGCCCUCCAUCUGGCCAGUCCACAGCAGCAGUCGGCCAUCUACCAUGCGGGGCUCGCGCCAACACCCCCCUCCAUGACACCAGCCUCCAACACGCAGUCACCACAAAACAGCUUCCCAACAGCACAACAAACUGUCUUUACGAUCCAUCCUUCCCACGUUCAGCCGGCGUACACCAACCCACCCCACAUGGCCCAUGUACCUCAGUACAAGCCCACCACCAACAGCAGCUGUAAGGCUGCCCUGGAGGAAGCGAAAGGCCAGAUCCCCUCUGCCCUGCUACUGCUUCUACCAACCGGAAGCACAGAAAACUAGAAUCUCAUUGAUUUUGUUUUUAAAAAUACGUUGAUUUCUUGUAACAUCCAAUAGGAAUGCUAACAGUUCACCCUGCAGUGGAAGAAAUUGGACCGAAUAGCGGCAUUUAGGAACUUGUGGGCUAGUCCAUAAUUCCAUAUGCUGUUCAGCCCCUUGAGCACCCCAGCUCUCUGCUUGCUGAAACUGGAAGUUAUUUAUUUUCUAAUGAUCCUCUGACAGUCAUGAACACAUCAGCUAGCAAAAGAAGUAACAAGAGUGAUUCUUGCUGCUAUUACUGCAAAAAAAAAAAUUAUUAUAACAUAAAUCAAGACUUGGAACGCCCUUUUAUUAAACCUAAAAAAAAAAAGUUCAGUAAAUUCUUA